ACAAUUGCUUUCGUCUUCCGGUUAUUUGACAGCUAUUGUGUCAAAUCAUCCAAAAGCUUUAAACAUUCUUUCCGGUUUUAGACCUGUGGCAGCGUAGUUCGUUCAAUACAACAGCAGACGCAAUGGCGAAGUCAAAAAAUCAUACCAAUCACAAUCAGAACCAAAAGGCCCACAAGAACGGCAUCAAGAAGCCAAGACGCCAACGCAAUGAAUCGACCCGCGGUAUGUGUCAAAAAUUCUUGCGCAACUUACGGUUUUCGAAAAAAGGUAAUGUUUCCCGCGAGGAAUCAUUGAAACGGGCUGAGGAACGGAAAGCAAAAAUGGAAGGACAACCUCAGCCAGUCAAACUGUAGAUUGAUUAAGAGCGGAAAAUCCUUGUAAGAUUUGAUAAAGCAAGAUGAUUAAAUUAAAAUUUAAUCUCAA